AAAGAACCCAAGCUUACCAGGCACACCAACAGCAGUAUAACAUCCAAGACCAGUUCACUCGAACUUUUCCCAAUCACCCCUUUCCUGCUCACUCCUGGGCCUUAGUGGGAGUGUCGGGUGCAAAGAUGGCAGACACCGCAGUACUUGGCCAGCCAGUGACAUUUCCGUUCAGCAAAAAGACGGCAAAAAAUAGGGUAAUGAAAAGUGCCAUGUCCGAACGUCUGGCCACCUUUUCGUCCCACGACCCAAGGAAACGAGGUCAACCUACGGAAGAACUAAUCAGGCUUUACGAGACUUGGGCGACAGGUGAGAUAGGUAUCAUCGUUACUGGCAAUAUUCAGAUAAAGAAGGAUCAUCUGGAAGCUACAGGGAAUGCAAUCAUUGACAGAGAGUUGUCUGAUUACCUUGAGGACUAUCGCGCACUUGCUCGUGCAGCUAAGGCGUGCGGGAGUCUUGUCCUCGGACAACUCAGUCACCCUGGCCGACAGGUUCCCAUCACAAUCCAAUCAUCCCCAGAGUCUGCCUCGGACAUUGAGCAUCCAUCUGUGGCGGGUGUAUUAUUUGCCCGGCCAACACCGCUGACGAGGGAAGAGAUUGGGGAUGUAGUGCAACGUUUUGCAUAUGCUGCAUCCGUCCUUUUCAAGGCAGGAUUCGACGGUGUGCAGCUUCAUGCAGCCCACGGCUACCUUCUCCACCAAUUCCUCUCCAACCGAACCAACAUUCGUACAGAUGACUACGGCGGUCCGUUGCUUAACCGUGCCCGCCUCCUGCUAGAAACAAUCGCUGAAAUCAAGCACACCGUUGAUGAUCCGUCAUUUGUGAUUUCGGUCAAGCUCAACUGUCAAGAUUUUUUAUAUCCCAACGAUGGCGUUUCCGAGCAGGAGUCCAUUACGUUGACAAAGAUGCUUGAAUAUGCUGGCGUUGAUCUCGUGGAGAUUAGCGGGGGAACGUAUGAACUACAGCUCGCUGGAAAAUCUUGUAAUAAUUUCUCGCGAGAAGCGUACUUCAUUGACUUCGCAGACCGCUUACGUCCACACCUCUCUUGGACUAAGGUCUGCGUGACGGGGGGGUUCCGCAGCGCUUCUGCCAUGGUCGAUGCAGUCCAGCGUAACUCUACAGAUGUCAUCGGCAUAGCACGCCCGCUUACGGCGGAACCCUUUCUUAUAACGGAAAUACUGCGAGGGGACAAACUGCGGGCCAAAGAAAAUAAGUUCCCUAGCAGUCAAACAUAUCAUAUUGCCGCAGCAUCGUCACAGAUAGCUGAGAUAGGCAAUGGAUACGACAUCACCGACUUCAGUAACCCAUUCAACGUAUCGCGGUUCAUCGCAAAACUGCAGCAGGAAUUGCCUACUGCGAUGUCGGAGACAGCAUUUACUGGAGAAGAAACUCAUUGUCUCUAAUAUUAGUCUAUUUGUGUGUACUGAUUCUCCGACGUGCGCUUGUACGAGUAAUAGGUCACGAGUACCCUUAAUAUUCUAAUCGAUUUGCCUGUAGUACACCAAAGUUGUAUGCGUUUAUCGUGCUACGCUCGGCACAUCAUUAUUU